UAUAAAUACACCUUUAUCCCCUGCUAUUCAGAUUCCUACACAUUCUCACACGAACAGAAACAGAAGCAAGAAAAAUACACUAGGCUUGUAACCAAUGGCCAGACUCUGCUCAUCAAUAUUCCUGUUCCUAAUAUUGCUUCCACAUCUCAUAAUUCCAACAGCAUAUUCAUCAGCAACAUUCACACUCGUCAACAAAUGCGAGCAGACAGUCUGGCCCGGCAUAUUAUCCAACGCCGGAAUCACGCCUCUCCAGAUCACCGGCUUCACGCUCCACAAAGACGAAUCCAAAACCAUCACCGCCCCCUCCUCCUGGGGCGGCCGUUUCUGGGGUAGGACCCACUGCACCCACGACUCCACCUUCACUUGCCUCACCGGCGACUGCGGCACCGGAAAAAUCGAGUGCUCCGGCGCCGGCGCCACACCUCCGGCGACUCUCGCCGAGUUCACUCUCGACGGCUCCGGCGGUCUGGACUUCUUCGACGUCAGCUUGGUCGACGGGUACAAUUUACCGAUGAUGGUGGUCCCACAGGGGGGGUCCGGGCCGAACUGCUCUUCCACGGGAUGUGUGGCGGACUUGAACGGCGCGUGUCCUUCACCGCUGAGGGUGAUGAGUGGGGAAGAGGGUGUCGCGUGUAAGAGCGCGUGUGAGGCGUUCGGGAGUGCGGAAUAUUGUUGCAGUGGCGCGUAUGGUACACCGGAUAAGUGUUCGCCGUCGGCGUAUUCUAAGGUGUUUAAAAGCGCGUGUCCGACAGCGUAUAGCUAUGCGUAUGAUGAUAAGAGUAGUACUUUUACGUGUGCUGGUGCUGAUUAUCUUAUCACGUUUUGUCCAGCGCCGACUACUACCAGCAAAAAAUCAUCCGACGAACAGAACCCGAACCCGAACCGGAAUAAUAAUUUAAAUUCCGGCAAUUCGGAAAUGGUAUACGAAGGUUUAAUGGACACAAGCAGUGCAAUCUCAAACACUUGCAGCCACGUUUGGGUGGGUGGGGUUUCUCUGUUGGCUGUUUCCACCAUAAGGCGGUGGUUAGGAAUGCUGAUAUGAUUUGCAACUACCAGCCAAAACUUAUCUGAUAGAUUAAUGACUACUCACUCCACUAACAAACUAUUCUGCCAGCUGCUGCUUUUGGUAUUAUGUCAUUGCUUGGCCCACUGAGUUAGGCCCUCUGGGCCCAUUUGCGGACCCACGUCACGGGAACUCAUUCAUCAUGGUGCAUGAAUUUAAACACAGAUACAUAUUUGGCUAAAGAUAUUUUUCCGUUUUUUCCGAUUAGAUUUAGGGUACUUGUACCGUUUUAGAUGAUGAUAAACUUCUCUAUUUAUAAGUUGAAAUGAGAACAGUUUAAAAGAGAAUUUGUAAUUUGCCAUAUAUAAUAUACAAUAAAUCUUGGCGUA